AUGAAGGGAUUCAAAUUUUGGAAUCAGCUUGCGAAGUUAGAUUCCCAUGUUGGAGGAGUUAAUAAUGCUGAUUACCAAGCUGUCAAGAAGAGUGAAGAUCUACUGAAGGAAAAGCAAUACAUUCGAAGUGUUUUGGUUAAGCAAUCAAAUAAAGAUAAAUUUGAAUAUCGGGUUCAAUUAAAUGAAAUAGUUGAUUGCAUAAGAUUCCUUUUAUGCCGGGGAUUAGUUUUUCGUGGUCACGAUGAAUCUCAAGGUUUAAGUGAUAAAGAAAAUUUCCUUGAGCUUCUACAAUUUUUGGGGGAUCACAAUGAAUCUAUCAAUGAAGUGUUGCAAAACGCUCUGAAAAAUUGCAAGCUUACCCACUCUGAUAUUCAAAAAGACAUUGUGAAUGCAAUUGCACGUGAAACAUCCAAAGUCAUCAUCAAGGAUCUUGACAAUGGGUUCUUUUCAAUAUUAGUUGAUGAGUCACGUGAUAUCUCAGUGAAAGAACAAAUGAGCCUCGUUCUUCGUUAUGUGAACAAAAAAAGAAUUAUUAUAGAGCGGAUCCUUGGUGUUGUACAUGUAGCAAGUACCACUGCUUUGUCACUCAAAUAUGCUAUUGAAUGUUUACUUUGUGAACAUAAUUUGAGUUUAUCGAACCUAUGUGGGCAAGGUUAUGAUGGGGCUAGUAAUAUGCAAGUUAGUGGGAGGCUGCGACGCAACACUCAACAAAAUACAAAUUUACAUCAUUAUGGUGUUGAACUAUUCUACACAGUCAUAGAUAUGCAACUUCAAGAGUUUAACAACUGUUUUUCUAAGGCGAAUAUCGAUUUGCUACUUUGUAUGGCUUGCUUGAAUCCAAGUAAUUCAUUUGUGGCUUUCGAUAAGGAAAAGUUGAUACGUCUAGCUAAGUUCUAUCCCUCUAAUUUUCUUGGGACAAAUAUUUUGGCACUUGACUCCCAACUGCAGAAUUACAUUUUUGAUAUGCACAGCAAUGACCUCUUUUUAGAGCUUCAAGGAGUUAGUGAACGUUUAGCUAAGUUUGUGGUCGAUAAGGAAAAGUUGAUACGUCUAGCUAAGUUCUAUCCCUUUGAUUUUUCUUGGAACAAAUAUUUUGGCACUUGA